ACAGCGCUCUGUUUGAAGGAUUGCUUAGAAAGAAGCCACAUCCACUCCAAGUGACAACAUGUCUCACGCGUGGGGAUACACCGCUAAUAACGGUCCGGAGAAGUGGUCAGCCAGUUUCCCCAUCGCCGACGGUCCGCGGCAGUCGCCCAUCGACAUCAAUCCCGGCCUGGCGUCGUACGACGGCGCGCUCAAGCCGCUCAGCCUCAACUACGACCCGGGCACCUGCUCGGACAUCCUCAACAACGGACACACCUUCCAGGUGACCUUCCGCGAUGACGCGGACAGCUCCGUUCUGACUGGUGGGCCCGUCUCGGAGGUAUACCGGCUCAAGCAGUUCCACUUCCACUGGGGGGCUUCUGACGACACGGGCUCGGAGCACACGGUGUCCGGGAAUAAGUACCCUGCGGAGCUACAUCUGGUGCACUGGAACACCAAAUAUGGCAACUUUGACGAAGCUGAGAGCAAACCCGACGGACUCGCUGUGGUGGGAGUUUUCCUGCAGAUCAGCGAUGAAAACGCCAGUCUCCAGAAGGUUCUGGACGCCUUUGGUGCCAUCAAGACCAAAGGCAAGCAGACCACUUUCAAGGGCUUCGACCCGAGCAGCUUGCUGCCCUCCUGCCUGGACUACUGGACGUACGAAGGGUCCCUGACCACGCCCCCUCUGCUGGAGAGCGUCACCUGGAUCGUCUGCAAGGAUGCCAUCAGCAUCAGCUCGGUUCAGAUGGACAAAUUCCGCAGCCUGCUGUUCUCAGCCGAGGGGGAGCCCGAGUGUUGCAUGGUGGACAACUGUCGCCCGCCGCAGCCGCUCAAGGGCCGCCAAGUGCGCGCUUUCUUCCAGUGAACGCCCAACGCAAACUGUCACAAGUAAAGCAAUCAGACGUCAGGAAAUUUCCACCCAUAAUAUUUACUGCUAGCUCUCCUUGAGUCACAUGAUCAACGGGGUUUAGCUUGAUAGGCCGAGUAAAGUUGGAUGUUGAUGCUAAA